UUGCUGGCUGUUGAAAAUAGUGUACGAUGUGUGUAGCUGCACGUUCUCAUUCUGAUUGGAAAUAGUAAACCAGCGUACGGAAUCAGUAGCGGCCGUCGGUUGGAUUCGUGAAAGGAAAAGGACAAAAGUGCAAACAAAGGAUAAAGGGAAUGAAGAAGUGACAAAAAAAUAAACAAGUAAAAGACAGGGAAUUUUUAAUAAUUGGCAUUAAUUAUCGUUGUUGUAAUAAAGGAAUAAAAAAAUUUGGCAAACAAACAUAUAAAAAUUUGAUCGAGAAAAAAUUCGAACAAUUGUUUGUCGUACAGUGGGUCAAAUAUUGUGUAAGAGCUACUUGUAAAACGUGCAUUGGCAAAUGAAGCAGUGAUUCCAUAGAUAACAUUUUGCAACGCGUGAUCUAUAAUUCGCUGCUGAAAUUGGUAUAAAUGUGCGGCGUUCUAUAUUUAACUUCUCUGUAGCAAACAAAGCACGAGUACAAAAAAGUAAAAUUUACAAAAUUGUUUUUAGCUCAGGGUUGUGUGUGAAAACAUCAAAACGUGCGUGCACACGCCCACUUAUUUGCCGGCGACAGAAUACCAUCACAUAGCACACCACUGCACUUUUACUUUCAAUUUGAAAAACAGCAAUAUAUUUGAUAAUUUAAAGAAGAAGGCAGCUGCUGAAACAUUGCAUUUGAUAGCAUACACCAAUUGUGGCGACAACCAAAGAGCUUAGUAAAGAAAUCAACGCGUAGUAGUAACCAAUAAAAAGUAUACUCAUACAUGUCCAUUGAAGCCUACUGAUAAGCUAUUAAAAUUCAUAUAAUUAAAUGAAUGAGUUGAUAAAUAAAUCUCCCGAAGUAUUACUGUGAUAAAGUCGGUGUAAAAAUUAUAAUAGCUGCCAUCUACAAAAGUGAAAUAAAUUUUAACUCUCGCGUUUGUUUGCAAAUUUUAAAACAUGGUUACUGCGUCGCAAUGUACAACUGAGACAGUUUUUGAUUACAGUUGGAAGCAGGUCGUACAAGCCUACUGGAACCGCUAUCCCAACCCCUCAAGCACACAUGUGCUUACGGAAGACACAAUACAACGUGAGGUACGUGAUGGUAAAUUAUAUUCACGCCGCUUGCUGUCCAAAACAAAUCCAGUGCCAAAAUGGGGUAAACGUUUUUAUAAUAAUGCGCCGGUGAGAAUUGUUGAAGAUUCGGUUUUGGAUCCGAAAAAGAAAACCCUAGUCACAUUCACGCGAAAUAUUGGUUUCAAAAAGAUCAUGAAAGUCGAUGAAAUCGUGGAAUACAGCGAGCAAAAAGAUGGGCGCACAUUGGCUGUAAGACGUGCAUACAUUAGUUCACAAGUAUUUGGAUUUUCACGUGCCAUACGCGCAUUUGGCAUUGAACGUUUUAAAUCCAAUUGCAAUAAAGCGGCAAGUGGCUUCAAUUAUGUACUGCGUCACAUGUUCCCCAAUACUUCAGCUGCAGCGCAUGCUACUGCCGGUGCAACGAAUGCCAAUGCCAGCGAAACAGUGUCUACUGUUGGUACAAACCAAAUACAACAAGCGACAGUGAAUAAAACGGAAACCAUUAAAAUGGCUGGUAAAGUCGGGUAUGCGUAUUUAAAGAAUCAAGUCGUUAAAUUGGCGCAAAUAUUCUCCAUUAAAAACUGAUAAACAACAACACAAUAAAAUAGAGAGCAAUGUUGGUAAUGUUGUUGUAUAUGUAAACCAACAACUAAUCAACUAAAUCUCUAUAGGUUUUUCAAUUUAAGCGCAAUAGUUGUACACGUUAAAGUUAAGCGAGAAUAUUAUGUAGCGCAUAAAUCGCUGGAAAAACAAUGAGUGGCAGUUGGCAUUUGCCGAACAUUUCUACAAGCAGUAAACAGUGCAAGAAUUUGAAGCAACGUCGUUGUCUGCAACAACCCAGUGCAAAGUAGCAGUUCAAAUGUCAUCUGUUGUGCGUAGAAGAGUGGUCAGCACUGUUGGAUAAUUGAAGCAAAUUUUCUCGAGACUGUAAAUCAUAUUAUUAAUUCCUUUAUAUCGAUAAUUGCUCUUCAUUCCAAUGCAAUAUUGUUAGCUACACUCACGGAUACCUAAGUACUAUUGUAGUUUGUAAUAAUAUAAAAGCGUAUUUGCGGUACGAGUACACUCUUUAGUUAAUUAUAUUUAAGACAGUCUUCAUUUGAACACUUUUUAAUUGCACUAGCAAGAGAAGCACAGCACUAUUAUACGAAAAAUUUGCAGGAAUUUUUAACUAUUCAAGCUUCCAAUAAAUUAUAUUCUAUGGUCCAAAGCAUGUAUAACCGAAAUAUAAAAAUUAUUGUAAACAGAAGUGGUUAUAUUUUAUAAGGAAUUGUUAGUUUAUAACAACUGAUUGAGGUAGUGUUAAUUUUUGCCAAUAAAUUAAUGAAUAAAAAUUGUACAAUUAAAAUUUGGUAUAUAUCGGA